CAUUGCAUACGCCCGCUGCGACACUAAGCAACAGCCUGAGCGUUCCUCUGAUCUCUGGCCCAAACAGUGGCUACGCGUCCUCCGCGGAUCCUAUGCCUCCAUUCACGUCUCUAUCCUCGGUAAAGUAUCGGGGUCUACCCAGUAUGCCGAUAACCAGUAUGUCCUCGAUGCAGCCGCAGCCCAUGUCCCAUGGAGCGGAUAACUGCAACUUCCCCCGUCUACCGUUGCCGCCGAUGAAUAUUAAUUACCGGCAGGGGGUCAACCAUUUAGCGAACAUUCUUCCUCCACACUCAAUGCAGACCGCUGUGCAGCCCCCACCCCCGCCCGCCCAAGCGCCGCUUCCAGUUCUCAAGAAUCAGGACCUGUCUGCAGUUAAAGGACCUUCUAGGCAGGCAUCGAAAUCAAGCACAUCAACGUCUUCGUCGAGCUCUUCAUCAUUAUCGUGUUCGACAUCGACUACUCCUGUUUCUAUAGCUCUCGGCCAUAAAAGGUCUAGUACGGAGCAAAAUCUACCCAAAGGACCCUCUCCUGCGCUCAGCCCCCGUCGAGACCUUAUGUCACCGUUGCAACAGCCUCGGCAAAGUCCUGACAGCGUUAUUCAUAAUAGCAAUAGCAGUAGCAACAACAACAAUCGAAUGGGCUCGGUUGUCAGUCGAUCGCCUUCGAUGGAACCACCACUUAAUGCUCCUCAACUGCAUCAUCACAAUGAGCAACAACAGCAAAACACCCAGAAUCAACAGCAACAACAACAACAACAGCAACAACAACAACAGCAGCAGCAGCAGCAGCAGCAACAACAACAGCAACAACAACAACAACAGCAGCUAUGCAACUACUCAGCGGAGAGCCUCAUCGGACCACCAAUAGUUCAGUUCCCUAGCUUACGGAGCACGAGUCAUCUAAACUCCUCAUAUUCUGCCGAAAGCCUUCUGCAGUCUGACUCGGCAGACGUAGGCGUAUCCCUAUCGUCAGCAGGCUCGCCAACUUAUAUUAGCGGUAAAAAUCAUUCCACGGGAUGUUCGAGUGGAAAGCCAAUCGUCUCGACUCAGUCUGUUUCUAUGAACAGUUAUAGCUACGGGUCUGUAUCGCCAGCAAACGAGCGUAACACAAAAUAUCAGAGUGGUCACGGUCAACAGCAAUCGAGCACGACAACGACGUACGCUCCGUACAAUCUGGAUAGCUUCAAUUCAACAAGCGGAAGCAGCUCUAACUCAUCGAAUAACUACUGUUCGUCGAUCCAGCAAAACAACAGUAACUCGUUUGGUGGAAGCAUGAACACUACUUGUGACUAUUUCACGCCACGGAACAAUACAACGCCCGACUAUGGACUAAAUACAGGCAGUAAUGGAUUGGGCCAGUCAACUGGUACGGUUAUGAAUGGUGGACAUUACCAUACGCCACACGGACACAACCAUGGCUUCCAUCCGCAACCGCCGGUAAGUUUAGGCAAUCCUGGUGAUUUUGCACCGCCUCCCAUACCGUCCGUGAAUUCGCUCAAUCUCCACGAGGCGGCCACUGGUCAUCUGAUGAAUAAUUUCGUUCCGCCGCCGGUCACGCCCGUCCCUCCAUCAUUCUUAGCACCCCCAAGUGCUGAUAAAAGUUCGAAACAGAGCUCGUCAACCAUUUUCGGUAUACAUCCACCACCCCCGCCGUCAUCUUCAGUGUCGAAGUGCCCUCCGCUGACGUCCAGUUACGCUCCGGUCCCGCCAGUUCCCGGCGGUUGCGACAAUUCGGGUAGCGAUAGUGGUCGAAGUAGCAAGACUUCAUCGGGCGGCUCGUCAAAGGCCGCGCAUAAGACGAGGUCUAGCCAAUCACUUGAUAGCUACCCUAUGCCGACAUUGGACAGAUCUUCGACGGGCUCCACGGGACUGGGCUAUUUUGAUUUUAAUAUGGCGCCCUCGAGCGGCACGUUCAAUAACUGUGGUCCAACACCGUCCGUCGUUGGUGCGACUGGUCAAAAAACUAGUACAACAAGUCAAAACCAUCGGGUGUGGCCUCCAGUCACACCCACGCCGCCAUCGAGCGAUGCCAGCUGUUCAUCAUACCUCUUCCCUGGACAUGGACCGACAGUGACAAGAGCCACAACAUCCAGUCAUGGAUACCACAACCCCAUGUCAAAUAUUGGAUCCAAUGCCGUUGGUCAAAGUACGACGAAUUUCAAUCUCAGCAACAUCUUCCCAGAUAUCGGUAACUGCGGUCAACUGCCAGGUGCAAGCUCGGUGGGUCCAGCUGGUGUAGGAAGCGGCCAAGAUUCGCUGUACGGGGCACGACCUCCUCACGUAGGAGUUCUGCCAAACGCAUUCAAUGGUAUAUUGCCUCCACCUAGACAUUCAGGAUCCACGUCAAGGAGCUCCGGGUUUGGACUCUUUGAUUGAGGGAUUUUGUUACUUUAAUAAGAGCGGCCGGAGUAACUAGUUUUACUUCCACUUAAUGUCUUUGCUCUCCGAUAUUUUAUUUAGUGGGAGUUUCCUUGCAGUAAACAUUCUAACUUACUCCACAGUAUCGCAACGGAUGAGCUACUUUUGCACUUGUAUUGAUAUUCAACAGCAAAAGUGUAUGGGUGGGUUAACUAAGCAGAGUUUUUCCACGCCAAGUUGCCAUGAACGAUCGGUUAACUGCACGACCGACUAUAAUUACUGUAUAGAAUUUGACUGCGAGUUUGGA